GAUAGUGAGAUGAGAGUAAAGAUCUCACCACAGCUGCUACUGGCCACUCAUCGCUUCAUGGCUACAGAGGUAGAACCUUUCAAGAUGCCACAUCUCUCAGAGAAGAUCCUGCUGCGGCUUCUCAAACAUCCCAACGUCAUCCAGGAGAUGAAAUUUGACCACAAAAACAAGCGAGCACCUGAACACUAUCUUUACCAGCGUAACCGCCCAGUUGACUAUUUUGUGCUCAUCUUACAGGGAAAAGUGGAGGUAGAAGUGGGAAAAGAAGAAUUGCGAUUUGAAAAUGGUGCUUUCACAUACUAUGGUGUCCCAGCAAUCAUGACUGUCAUCUAUUCAGAUAACGAUGGGCGUAAAAUGAGCAGCCUGGCUGGAUCAUCUUUCCUGUUGAAUCAAUCUCCAUCACGUUGCAGUGGAUUAAACCGCUCAGAGUCUCCAAUUCGAGAACGUAAUGAGUAUGGAGGCAGCAGCACCCAACUACAUAGUGGCUGCAACAACAACAUAUACACUCCAGAUUAUUCUGUUCAUAUUCUGUGUGAUGUACAGUUUGUCAAG